GAUUGGUCGGUGUGUCUCUGUGUUUUGGUUGUCUGGAGAGGUGGGGGCUGUAAUUUAGCUGCGUCAGGGGCUGUGAGAGAGGCGGUCCGGGGGAGCAGGGCGGAGGGGCCCCCCACCUGAGGAGCCACUGACGGAGCCCGGAGCGGGGACACCUUGGAAUGAUGUAACAUAGUACUGCCGUGUAACAGACUGGGAGCCAUGGCCAACUUACCAGGAGAUAUAACCUUUAAGGAAUUCUGUCCAUUGUACUCCAUUCUGAAUGCCAUCCCGGCUAAAGUUCAGAAAGGCUUCCGUUCCCUCCUCGUCUACCUGACUGCACUGGACGUCAAUGGAGACUACAUUGCAAUCGGCAGCAGCAUCGGAAUGCUGUAUCUCUACUGCCGGCAUACCAACCAGAUGAAAAAGUAUAAUUUGGAGGGUAAAACCGAAUCCAUAACUGUCAUUAAACUCCUCAGCUGCUUUGAUGACCUAGUCGCAGUUGGUACGGUGUCUGGCAGGGUUGCCAUUUUCCAGCUGGUGUCCCCUCUGCCUGGCAGAAACAAACAGUUACGGAGGUUUGAUGUACUCGGCAUUCACAAGAGCAGCAUCACUGCCCUGGCCUGGAGCCCCAAUGGGAUGAAGCUAUUCUCUGGAGAUAAUCGGGGGAAAAUCAUUCAGUCUAAUUUGGACUUUGACAAGGGAUCCUGUAAACCUAGCCUUAUACUGGAGGAGCUGUCCUCAAUAGUUCAGCUGGAUUACAGCCAAAAGAUCUUGCUGGUGUCCACCACUCAGAGAUGUUUGCUGUUCUACACAGAGGAGAAGUCUGUCGAGCAAGUGGGGAACCAGCCUAGAAAAUCUAAUGGCAGAUAUGGAGCCUGUUUUAUACCUGGGCUCUGCAAGCAAAGCGACUUAACGUUAUUUGCCGGAAGACCCGGACUGCGACUUUGGAAGGCUGAUGUCCAAGGAUUCGUCCAGUCUACCUUUAUAUUAAAGGAUAUUUUAUCUCGCGGACUGGAAUCCUUUGAGUUGUAUCCUCGGGUUGAGACGACGAACCAGGAAAGCUAUAAACUCUGUGAGAAGCACCUGGGCCUUUUGUCAUGUUUUCUGCAUGAAGGAUGGGUUCUGAGCUGGGACGAGUACAGCAUCUACAUCAUAGACACUGUCAAUCAGGCCGUCAUCGGAGGUCUGGAAAGUGCCGGCGAUAUUGUUUCUGUCUCGUGUGUAAACAAUGAAAUCUUCCUUCUGAAAGGGGACAGAGAGAUCAUUCGAAUCUCUGACAUGCCAGAAGGGGCUGUUUCGGCUGCCAUACAUAGCCCAUUCCGUGUGCCUGCGAAACACUCAAAGCUGGAGAAUAAUACCUGCAAUGAGUCAGUGUCUGCUGUAACAGAAGACCAGAUGCCUGCUGCCCAGGCAGUGCAUACAGAGAGGAUCCAGCUGUGCCCUUUGGAGACCGAGGAAGAUAGCCAAGAGUCAGGGAUGGAGCUUAAAGUCAGGAGGAGCUCUCUGCCUGUAGAGGUGACCAGGGGAAGCCAAACACGGAACUCCCUGGACUGCGAGUACAGCUUGACGGAACAGGAUCCCAGCUCUCCCCGUAACACAGUGAGGACACAGCGGUCUUUGUCACAGAGGUUCAGUACCAUCAGCAAUGAGGACUUUGACCAAGAACUGGUGGUGAAAGCCAUUAAAGUGAAGAAGAAGAAAAAGAAAAGGCAAGAUAAUGGCUCCAGGAGCCAUGUUGGCUCACUUGAGAGUACUCCCAGUGUUGACAGUCCGCUCUCCCUAACCUCCUACGUUUUUUCCGGCACUGUGAGUCUGCCUGGUGGCAGUGCCGAUCACCUGAGCUCACAGGAGAGCUUGGCAAGCGGCAAGGGCCAAGCUGAGGACAACACGUCCGGCGUUUUCAGUGCCACACAGACUUCUGACUCUCCGGUUCCCGACAUCGACAGCGAAAACAACUCCUGCAGCGGAGAGGAGAAGGAGAUAAUAUAUGAACAGAAUAAUGAUGCCACGGUCAAUGAAACUGCAGCAGAUGCUCUAUAUAAUAUAGAAACUCUUAAGGAAGUGGAAACGUUGGCUUCAAAUCUCUGUACAGAUUCUGCGCCAGAGGAGGAGCUCCACAAUGUAUCUGAGCGUCAUCCACUAAGGGAAACCGGAGAGAUUACCAACGCAGACUCUGGGGAACUGUUCUGCUUCACCGGUGUCUCAGAGGGGAGGCGGUCCUUAGAUUCUCAGACUGGCAGCACUGAAACACUUGAGGACCGACAACAAGUGUCAAACACCCAGUGCCACAUACCCCCCAGUUUUAUUGGGGCUAGCAUGAGUGCAAGUGCGUAUGCCUUUUCAAGUGACCCCCUACAGGUUAUCAAAACCAGCAGGAUGGAGAGGAACGAGCAGGAUCAUGCGCUGGCAUCCAGCGACGAGGAGGAUAUAUACGGCCACCGCAUCCCUCACUCUUCCUCGGACGCCAGCGUGGCAGAAAUGGCAGUCUCGCAAGACCUAACCCGGUCAAUGCAGGAAGAAAGCUUGUUGCUGAAAUCUGAGCAGCUUGCAGAGAGUUGGAUGGUUUACUCGGGGCCGACCAGUGGCAUCCUCAGCUUGGUUGUGUCAGAGAAAUACAUCUGGUGUUUGGACUACAAAGGGUCUUUGUACUGCAGUUCCCUGCCCGGAGCCGGCCUGCGCUGGCAGAAGUUCGAGGAUACAGUCCAGCAGGUGGCAGUCUCUCCCUCAGGAAACCUGCUGUGGAAAAUAGAGCAGAAGACAGACAAAGCCUUUGCUUGCGGGAAGGUAACAAUAAAAGGGAAGAGGCACUGGUACGAGGCCUUACCUCAUGCCUCAUUUGUUGCUUUGAGCGAUGAUACUGCCUGGAUCAUCCGGACGAAUGGAGACUUGCACUUACAAACAGGCCUCAGCGUGGACCGCCCAUGUGCCAGAGCUAUAAAGGUUGACUGCCCAUGCCCGCUAUCCCAGAUCACGGCCAGAAACAAUGUGGUUUGGGCCCUCACUGAACAGCACGGCCUUCUAUAUAGAGAAGGAGUCAGCAGCUUCUCUCCAGAGGGAGAGGUUUGGCAAUGUGAUCUUAUCAGUGAAAGACAAGCUCUAGAACCGGUGUGUGUGACGCUGGGUGAUCAAGAAACGGUGUGGGCCCUGGACGCCAAUGGUAAUCUGUGGUUCAGGACUGGAGUGACGCCUAAGAAGCCACAAGGAGAAGAUGACCAUUGGUGGCAAGUCAGCAUCACAGAUUACGUCGUCGUUGACCAUUACACCUUGUUCCAGACCCUCAUCCAGGCCACGCAGACGGUUGCCACGGUUGCUCAGGCCCCCGUAGAAAAAAUGGCAGACAAACUCCGCAUGAUGGUCUGGUCCCAGCAAUCGCAGUGCCAGCCCAGCCUCCUCGGGGUUAACAGCAGUGGCGUGUGGAUCACUUCUGGGAAAAAUGAGUUUCAUGUGGCAAAGGGAAAUCUUAUAGGCACUUACUGGCACCACAUUGUACCACGAGGCACAACCUCCACCACCAAGUGGAUAAACGUCUUUGCAUCUCCCUCCCCAAGUGGUGAAGGAAAUGUCCUCUGGAUUUCUCAGAGCAGAAAAGAUCUUUUCUGUCUGAGUGAUCUGACUCCACCAUACAGACCUUCCACCGUGCAGCUUCCACCAGACACAGAAAUGGUCCACAUGUCAGCCUGUGCAGAUGCUGUAUGGGCGUUAGAUGCCCAUGGAGGAGUGCUCAUCCGAACACUUUCUAAAACCUGCCCUACCGGGAUGCAUUGGACGAGACUGGACCUCUCUCAAUUGGGACAAGUGAGGCUUUGCAGCCUGUCCUGCGGCAAUCAGCACAUCUGGGCAUGUGACACCAGUGGAGUCGUUUACUUCCGUGUGGGAACCCAGCCACUAAAUCCGAGCAUGAUGCUGCCAGCGUGGAUUAUGAUCGAGCCACCCAUACAGCCUGUAGGUAUCAUCCUGAUUAGCGUCUACUCCAGCCCCAACGACAACAUGCUGUGGACUCUCGACAACAAGUGCAACGUUUACGUCCGGAUAGGAAUUACAGACGAAAUGCCCGUCGGGAUAGAUUGGGAGCACGUGCCAGGUUUGCAGGCAUGUCAGCUUGUCGUCAGUGCCAGGACGGUCUGGGCACUUUGUCCCAAUGGUGACAUUGCCAGAAGGUACGGGAUCACCGAAAAGAAUGCAGCCGGUGACUACUGGAAGAAAAUCCCGGGAAAUAUGUCUUGGUUAACAGUGACUCCACAGGACGAGCUUUGGGGUGUGGGCUCCACAGGAUCUCUCCUGCAGCGUCUUACAAGGACCUACAGCCAUUACCCCAGCAUUCCGAAGAGCGACCACCUGCACAUCAAUUCCGACUUUGAAGACGAGUGGGAGGUCCUCUGACGCCGCUGUACGGGAGACAGCUGUUAGUGAUCGUUCAUAUGCUGCUAAAAAGCCUGUGUUGUCCUUAUUAACUCUCUUCAGUGUAACAUACAAAAGCACUUUGCCUGGUCCAGUACAUUUCCACACUAUGAUAUCUGUGCUCCUGAUAACACAGCUUGUGUAUAUAUACAGCUAGACGAUGAAUGGACACUUAUUACACAUUGCCGGAAUAUAUUGCAAAACCCUGAACUGAGGUUUUACACACAACCACAUAUACCCACAAACCAAAUUAUAGCUCUCCUCGUGUCUUUGAAACGGCGUACAAUGGGAAAAAGGAGUUUUUACUUGAUUUUGUGUUAUUUUAUUUUCUCUUGAUG